GCCAUCAAUCGGUCACGUUUCGGCCGAAUUCGGUGUCAUGAUUUAGUCCCACGGGUCAUCCCCAGUGAGAUCUGUGGGGUACUACGCGAAGCUUCUCGCCCAGCAGUUCGGCGGCCUAUGGCCGAAUUUUCAUCUGACUCGCCUCUCUUCUCUCGCGAUGAAGCCUCGAGGACAGCGGUGCCACAGGCCACCGCCACGGCGUCGAUGCACGUCCGUUAGAACGGUCCACUUGGCCUAUCUCAUCUUGAGAAUUCCGACAACGUGUUAUGUCUGCCUUCUUCCUAGAUCGGACAUUUCCGUCUGUGGACUGGUGGAUCAGACGGCUCGCGUCUGGCUUUAUAUCAUGCCCUUGGCUUGACCGCUCGUCCUCGACACCCUCCCCCCCAAUCCCCUGCCCCUCCGUCAUCGACCACCCUGGCCCACUCAUGUCCGACACCCGGCGACUCAUCGAGGCCGCUGCGGCUCUCUCUCAGCUUUUGCGCGCCCAAGACAUCCCACACGCGUUUCACGGGACGGUCCUCAUAGCCGCGCUGACGAACAGUCCCGUCUGCGAUGAGAUAUACUGCAUCGUCGAGGGUGGACAGAACCAGCCGCAUGCAUUUCGACGUGUGCGCAGUGCCCUGGCGGGGUACGGGGACUUUGCGGUGUCGCUCUCUCCGUGGACAAAUCGACUGCACGUCUCUUAUCGACGUUUCAUACCGUCCAUUGAUGUGCGCUUGAGCUCUUCUUGCCGACUUCCUUCUUCGACUGACGGUGGGGCACACGACCAGAUAGAGAUCCUUCCGGCGGGCGAGACUGGGCCUCGAACUCUCGACGCGACGACAACGAUGAAGCUGCAGGGGCUGCCGUUCUUAACACUAUCCGAGUUCAUUCGAUGCAAGCUAAAGGCCUGGCUGAUCAGGGGGGAAGAUCGUGACGCGCAGGACCUUGCCUACAGCUUCUCCCGCUACUGGAACCGCAUCGAUGUCAACCGCAUUCCAGAGCAGGACAUGAGCUUUUUUGUGGCCAAGAACCCGGCAGUCGGCCCGGCGUGGGCGGCAUUGAGGAGGAAGUACGGAAUGUAAUAGGCACUAUGUCAUAAUCUAACGCUAUGCCCGUUCGGUCACCUGACAGAAGCGCGCUGCUCGCCGUCGGUUUACGCUGCGAUCUAAUUUCUCUCGGGGUCUCUCUGUUGUACUUAUCCUGGACCUUGUGCCCAAACCCAAAAUACUAUUUUACCUAUUGGUCCGUAAUCGCGUACUAUCUGACGUAGGGUAUCGACGAGCGGUCCAGUCUGAUAUGAUCUGCAAAUCUUGCCCUGCCUGCUGCACGCCUGCUGGUCGAUUAGCGCUCCACUGAUCUCCCAUGACGAGAUGCGGUUGCGGUUCAACAGUCUGCCGCGACCGUGGCGACUGAGCUAGAACUUCACGAACACGUUCUCUUGUCAUGGUAAAGACCUUGACUAAGUCUUUGUCAAUUCAAUUUCGGCGAGCAAUUCAACAGCUGCCACUGCGACUACACCCCAUAUCUUGGUGUAUCGUGUGAUAUCAAAAACUCAGUAGCUUUUGAUUUUGUGUAUGCUGAAACAAGAUGGCAUAUCUGGGGGGAUAAGCCCAGCAUCACCUCGCUGAACAGAGUCGUGGCAGCCCACGGAUUCCUCCGGACAGAUACAAAUGCCCGACAUAUCGACGCGGGCUCCGGGGAAUCUGCGCGCGACUAGGGGGCCGCCGUCGGACUCCCAAGGGUGCAAUUCCCAAACCCCGGGUGGCCCGGAUUUAGAUUCAAGGCCGGCUAUUCCCAGAAAACUGUUCCCGUUCUAAAAACGAGCCCACAUCAGCUGAUGAUGCCAUAAUAAGAGACUGCACGGUGGGAACACUUGCCGCUGUUGCGGGGACUGGGAAGUCGGAUGCGCAUGAUUCGCACUGGUGAUGCUUGUCGAAUUCAGAGUCGCUGAAGUCCGGGAUGGAGCUCUCUGAUUCGGUGCCGUCACGAUCGCUCUCACUCGAUGACUCUGAGUCGAAAUCCGGCGGCGCCCAGUAGUCUUCCGAGUCAUAUCCUGAAUCUUCAUCGUCGCCCAGUAUCCUGUCGACUUGGUACCGCACCAGGUUGUCCAAAUCGAUCUCGAUCCCGACCAGCGAUUCGAGAAGAAUCUGGUCGGCGUCCAAUGUCUCGUUGCAAUCGGUGGCGCCCGAGUGAGUAUCGGCGCAGUUUAGGUGCUGUUUACGGUUGGAAAGAAAGCAACUAGUCAACACACACGCCAAGCAAACGAAAGACGGGGACGGCGAGGCACGCACGAGAAAGAGGGAGCUGUCGUUGAGGAAUCGCCGGUGGCACAACCCACAUGAGGGAUGGGCAGGGGAGGCAUCGACGUGUGCCGCGCGGAUCGAUACGUCGGCGAAGGACACGCCGCAGAGGUUGCAGUGGACUGGCAACGUGCGUAUGGAAGAUUCCAAAUGCAUGUUGAUUGAGUUAGGGAGGCCCCGGGUCGUCACUGCAUUUAUAGGUGCUCUUGCUCAUGUCUGAGGGCGGAUGAUUCAGGUCCAACACCUGGUCAGACCUGCUUCCGCAUGACUCAGUCGAUAAUCGAGAUGACCCAAUUGAGCUAUGAGACAUGGUGCAGAGAAAAUGCAGGACUCCGCUUUAUCCUGAACACUGCACGAUUCUCCAUGUAAUCCUCAGGGUUGCCCGUUGGCGUCAAGACCAAUAAAAAUUAGGGGCCAAUGUCCGCUUGACAGGUGGCGAUGCAAGCGACUUCUGAUGAUGUGCUAACUAUAUAAUCACCUUGACACGGUGCUGGCAUGGAUCAGUCUAUUCAAUGAACAGGUAAGAGUAUGAAGGUGAGCAUGGCUGGCUGCAAGACCCUCGGUUGUCAGUUGUCAGAAUUGGGAUAGUGCAUGACAUGAAAAUCUCAUUCUGAUUCACGAUUACACUAGAGGCCUUACAGUACGACAGGGCUUUAAUUAUGUCUAUCCCCUAAUGACGUCUGCGCUUCGAGUGGGUCAUCCUGCUA